GAAGCCUUACAGAGUUUAGCCACAGAUCCAGGACUUUAUCAGAUGCUUCCACGCUUCAGUGCCUUCAUAAGUGAAGGGGUCAAAGUUAACGUAGUACAGAACAAUCUUGCUCUGUUGAUCUACUUGAUGAGAAUGGUGAAAGCAGUGAUGGACAACACCAGUCUGUACCUUGAAAAAUAUUUGCAUGAGCUUGUACCAGCUGUCCUGACCUGUAUUGUUAGUAAACAACUUUGUCAACGACCUGACACAGACAACCAUUGGGCAUUACGGGACUUUGCAUCAAGGCUUAUGGCUUCCAUCUGCAAGAAAUUUAGUACCACAACAAACAACAUUCAAUCCAGAAUAACAAAGACUUUUGAUUCGUCGCUAAACAACCCAAAAGCACCUAUCUCAACGCUGUAUGGUGCAGUAUCAG